UGUGUUUCUGUGUGUUUCUGUGUGUGUGUGUGUGUGUGUGUGUGUGUGCAGGCUCAGGAGACGGCCCAGCUGGAGGAGCAGCUGCAGGGUUGGGGCGAGGUGAUCCUGGCCGGGGAUCGGGUCGUUCGCUGGGAGAAGCCGUGGUUCCCUGCAGCUCUGAUGGGCGCCACCACCCUGCUCUUCCUGCUGAUUUACUACCUGGACCCGUCGGUGCUGACUGGGCUCUCCUGCUCCGUCAUGCUGCUCUGCCUGGCUGACUACCUGGUUCCCACCUUGGCCCCCAGAGUCUUCGGCUCCAAUAAGUGGACCACCGAGCAGCAGCAGCGUUUCCACGAGAUCUGCGGCAACCUGGUGAAGACCCAGCGCCGGGUGGUGGGCUGGUGGAAGCGUCUCUGCACCCUGAAGGAGGAGAAGCCCAAAAUGUACUUUGCCUCAGUGAUCAGCAGUCUGCUCGCAGUGGCCUGGAUCGGACAGCAGGUGCACAACCUGUUCCUGACCUACCUGAUCGGUGAGUGCAGCGUCACAUCCAACCUUCUGUAAACCCUCCUUCGUUGUUUGUCUCACUUUCUGUUCUGUGGUCUUCAA